AUGCGUGCCGGAUUUCUUUCCCUUGUGGCACUCAACGCUAUCAGCGUUUUGGCUGCCCCCAAGCCCACCACAAUUGAUGCCUCUGCUCCUGAGGUGACAAACAUUGAUGAGAUCGCUGAUCUUGCUGCUGCUGCCUACAAGACUGCCCAAGAGCUUGCUGGUGGCAAAACCAAGCGUGCCAACACUUGUGAUUGGAGCAAGGUCCGCGUUCGACGAGAAUGGAACACACUCUCCAAGAGUGACAAGCAGGCUUACAUCAAGGCUGUCAAAUGUCUCCAGUCCAAACCUGCCAAGGGUCCUGCAGAAUUUGCCGCUGGAGCCAAGACAAGGUUCGAUGAUUACGUUGCUUUGCACCUUAACCAAACCAAUGCCAUACAUUAUACUGGCAACUUCCUCUCGUUCCACCGCUACUAUACUUGGUUGUAUGAGGAGUCUCUUCGAAACGAGUGCGGCUACAAGGGAACUCAGCCUUACUGGGACUGGUCACUCACUGCCAUUAGUGGCCUCAAGAAGUCUCCCAUCUUUGAUGGUAGUGAUACAUCCCUCUCUGGUGAUGGUGAGAGCAUUGGCAAGACCCCCGAUAUCGUUCUUGGAGCAUCCAGUGGUCUGCCUCCCGUGUACCUCGAGACCGGCAAUGGAGGUGGCUGUGUCACGUCAGGUCCCUUCAAGACCAUGAGUGUCAACCUUGGCCCUGCAGCCCUUGAUCUUCCUGGCGGGUUAGUCCAGUCCAAUCCUCGCCCGCUCGAAUACAACCCUCGCUGCCUCAAGCGUGACUUGAGUGACUCGGUCAAUAAGCGCUUUGCAAACGCUACUUCUGUCCUGAACAAUAUUAUCAAGCCCCAGAAUGUCUUAGACUUCCAGAUGCAGAUGCAGGGCGUCCCCGGCACUGGAGACAUUGGUAUCCAUGGUGGUGGUCACUACGCUCUUGGUGGUGACCCUGGUCGGGAUGUCUAUACCUCCCCUGGUGACCCUGCCUUCUACCUUCACCAUUCCAUGAUUGACCGUGUCUGGUGGAUCUGGCAGAUGCUUGACACCAAGAACCGUAUCAAUGGAAAGGAUGCUCUUGCAGGCACAAACACGUUCCUCAACAUGCCUCCCAGCGCUGAUACUACUUUUGAUGACACCAUCCAUAUGGCCUGGCUUGGACCUGAUAAGCAGAUCAAGGAUCUCAUGAGCACUCAAUCUGGUCCUUUCUGCUAUGUCUACCUGUAG